AUGGCGCACAUCACUUUAGCCGCACUCGACCGCCUUGCCUCGCUCAGCACCACCAUCCGUCAAUCCCUCGACACUUUUACAGCCAUGAUCGUACUAGCUCUGGUCGCCAGAGGAUCACACAUCCUCUCCGAGACACACGAUCCCGCUCACGAUCGCUUCCUCCCCGCAGCGCAGACCAUCCUCUCCCGCAUCCCGCCCAACUCGUCUAAGCUCUCCUACGCAUUCGAAGACUGGCUCUUCCACUACGUCUCGCAGGAUGGCAUGGUCUACAUGGCCGUAGCCGACUCCGACACUGGCCGUCGUAUCCCAUUCACAUUCCUCGCCCACGUCCAGAAGAAGUUCCUCUCCUCCUACGAGAUCCCCCCUCCAUCAUCGGACGACUCCUCCGACGUGGACUAUUCAGCGCUGACGUCGACGCUCGUAGCACUCGUCAAGCAGUUCAACAGCGAUCCGCAGGCGGUGGAUCCCAUCGCACAGGCGAAAAACGAGUUGGCAGGCGCCAAGGACAUCAUGACCCAGAAUGUGGAACAGAUCCUCAGCAGGGGUGAGAGGAUCGAGCUGCUCAUGGAUAGGACCGACAAUGCGGCAAAUCAGAGCAUGGCGUUCAGAAGGAGGGCGGUAGGGUUGAGGAGGCAGAUGUGGUGGAAGAAUGCAAAGGUCAUGGGGUUGGCGGGGUUCAGCGGGCUGGUGUUUUUGUUAUUCUUGUGGGGCAUGUUUCAUUAG